GGCUGAGAAAUGAGUGGAAGGCAAACAGUACGAGCCUCCAAGCAGGACAAAGUGCAAGCAGAGGGAUGGUGAGGGGUGAGGUAUUGCUCACAUGCGGUUAACUCUAGUGCCGUUCAGGUAAUGAGAGAGAAGACUUGAUCCCUCCCACGUUCUCACUACAAAUCAGUCUCCCACGGAGGCAGUCUGAACGCUGCGACUCACAACAAGACCUGGAAUCAGCAGAACAAGCGCAGCUAAUAGAGCUGUCCCACCUCUUGCUUCUUCAAACGCAUUGUGUGCGUGCUUUCUGUUUUAUUUUAGAUCUUUUUUUUUUCUUUUCCUUCCUGUGGGGAGCAAGGAAGACCACUGGGGCUGAGGAUGGGGAAGAAAGCCAAGAGAGGCUGUGAUUUUAAGAGCUUUUUCAAGAAAAACUGGCUUCUGAUCACCACGGUGGCUGCCGUGAUCCUAGGUAUUGGACUGGGGGUCUUGGUACGCGAAUAUGCUUCUCUCUCUCACCUAAAUAAGAUCUACUUCGGCUUCCCGGGAGAGAUCCUGAUGCGAAUGCUCAAAUUAGUCAUCUUACCACUCAUCAUUUCCAGCAUGAUAACAGGAGUAGCAGCUCUGGAUUCAGAGGUUUCUGGCAGAAUUGGUUUACGUGCUGUCAUAUACUAUUUUUCAACAACAAUUAUUGCUGUCAUUCUAGGAAUUGUUUUGGUGAUGACUAUCAAACCUGGUGUAUCUCAGAGUGCUGAAGACAUUGACAGGACUGGCUCAACUCCUGAGGUGACUACAGUGGAUGCCAUGUUGGAUCUUCUAAGGAAUAUGUUCCCAGAAAACCUAGUCCAGGCCUGCUUUCAACAGUAUAAAACAAAACGCUCUGAGUUAAAGCCUUCAAAUAAACCUGAACAAAACACCACUGCUGCUCCUCCUGUAACAACUGUCAUGGCAACCACUUUACAAGAGAACAUAACCAAGGACUACACAAUAGUGGGUCUGUACUCUGAUGGGAUUAACGUACUGGGUCUCAUUGUCUUCUGCCUGGUAUUUGGACUUGUCAUCGGACAGAUGGGAGAGAGAGGACGUAUCCUAGUGGAGUUUUUUGAUGCACUGAAUGAAGCUACAAUGAAAAUAGUUCAGGUCGUGAUGUGUUAUAUGCCCAUUGGAAUAAUGUUCUUAAUUGCUGCCAAGAUCAUUGAAGUUGAUGACUGGGAUAUCUUCAGAAAGCUUGGACUAUACAUGGUGACUGUGCUGAGUGGACUUGCCAUUCAUGCUAUUGUGUGCCUCCCACUGCUGUAUUUCAUUAUCGUGAGGAAAAAUCCAUUCACAUUCGCGCUGGGGAUGGCCCAGGCUCUGGUGACUGCGCUUAUGAUCUCCUCCAGCUCUGCAACACUACCCGUGACCUUUCGAUGCGCAGAAGAAAACAAUGGGAUCGACAAGAGGAUCACACGAUUUGUGUUGCCAGUCGGUGCCACCAUCAACAUGGAUGGGACUGCUCUCUACGAAGCUGUGGCCGCCAUAUUUAUUGCUCAGCUGAACAAUUACGCACUGGAUGUUGGUCAGAUUGUUACCAUCAGUAUAACUGCUACAGCAGCCAGCAUUGGGGCAGCUGGAGUUCCGCAGGCAGGCCUGGUUACCAUGGUGAUCGUCCUGACUGCAGUGGGAUUGCCGGCGAAUGAUGUCACACUUAUUAUAGCUGUAGACUGGCUGCUAGAUCGCUUCCGCACUAUGAUCAAUGUGCUCGGGGAUGCCUUUGGAGCUGGCAUAGUUCAGAAACUCUCCAAGAAGGAGCUGGAAAGGAUGGACCUGACAUCAGACGUGGAUAUGGUUAACCCCUUUGCCUUGGAAACCACAAUGGAUGAAGAAGAGUGCGAGAAAAAGUCCUAUGUUAAUGGCGGCUUCACCAUUGAUAAAAGUGACUCCAUUUCCUACACACAAACAUCUCAGUUUUAGUGAAAGGCAGGUGGGAAAGGUCAGUAUAACACUACAGAACCGCUAAUAUGCUGCUAUACAUUUGUACUGUAUAGUACUGUAUGAAUGUAAAGAAAAAAAUUCCAGAUUUCAGCAAUAGGUGUUACUGUUAUUGUCUGGCAUUUUCUUAAAGGCUGUCCUUAACAUUCAAUGCACUGUACAUUAGUGCCAAAAAGCAAUGGGAAUUCAGGUUAUAAUACUACUAGAUCUUGUAGGCUCUUGUUUUGUAAACGUGACUGCAUUAAGAUUUAAUUUUCUUUCUGGCAAAGUAGUUAAAUUCUAAUGGAAUUUACACGACACUGUAAUUGCGACAAAGUCUCAGCCAGACAUGACAAGAAAGACUUAACACAUAAUUCAUUGUGCCUUGCAGCCAUCAGAUGUUUCCAUAACAGCCAGCAUUACCAGCUCCUUGCCACGUGAUUGUGGGAUAAAUUUGCAAUCUGUAUGUUGUGUGCUAAAAAGGUCAUAUGAACCAGACCGCUGAACUGUGUUUUGUACAUUUCCUGUGACAUACUGCAUGGACAAAUGAGUUCAAGAUAACUAAGUAGUUACUUACUAAGUGACUAAGUGGAUAUUUUAAGAUUGACAGCUAUUGUUUGACCUAAGCAUCUAAAAUGUUUGUGUGGGCUUUCAAGCACUUUUUCACUUAUAUUUACAAGUUGUGCCAAAUAGUAUGUAUUUCAAAAGGGGAUUUUUAUGGAGCACACAGCAUGAAGCCAUACAAAAGGGAAAAUGUCAAGUUUCAAUCUGUUUUCACUGAGUGGUGAGUAUGGUCACAAAAUGUAAUUUAGGAAUAGACGUAGCCCAGAAAUAAUUAUUUUUGGCACUAAAUUAUGGUUUUAUCUGUGUAAGAACAGCUCUCUGACAAAUAGUGUAAGGAUAAUACAGUAUGUUACAGUGGGAAGAAAGGAAUGAAAAAGCAAUAUGUGAUCUUAUUCUGGCAUUGUAAAGGGGAACUUGUCAGUUUAUUGUCUUUUUAAGUGAUGGAUGGAAUACAUAGGUAAUGAAUAAGGGAAAUAUUUAAAAGUUCUCUUCUCAGUCACUCCUGUCCAAAGUCUCUAUAACUUUCAUUCAUGGGAAGAGGUUUCCACAAUGUGUUUUACAAGAAACAAAAAUCAUUUUUAAGAAAUUGCAUAUAAAAAGGAUGCGCGUCUUAAGACAUAAACACAGCUAUUUAUCAUGCCACCUAAAACACAGUCAUUUAAAACAUACUGCAUCCAGAUGUACAGUAUCAGAUCUUGUUACUUGCAGCAAAAAACAUGAUCACUUUUAUAAUAAAAUCAGAUAUUUCAGCAUCAUGUGUUUUAUACCUCCAGUAAAUAUUCAUGCACAGAAAAAGCCUGAUCUGUGUUAGCCCUUAACUCUCUGAACCUUAAAUAUACUGUCAAUGGUAGUACCCCUUAUUGAGCAUGUCAAUGAACAGCAAGUUCAUAAUUUACAGAAAGUGCACAUUUACUGGUCAAAUCUUUCAUUACUUAAAGUAUCAGAAAUCAAUGUGGAGGAUGUGGAAUACAUAGGCAAUUGCUGAUUUGAAUCAUCCCUUGCUUCUAGAGCUCCUCUGAUUUAAUGCUCUGAGUGAUUAGAAUCUUCUUCAGUUUAGACCGUAUAUCUCUUAUCAAUGUGAUUUGCCCCAGUAUUAAUGCUCAACACUUUUAAAAUCACUCGUUUACCUGGACCUGGCCUCCUGCUGAACAGGCUCGCUUAUCUUUACUGGUGGUGCAGCUAAUGAUGGAAACGGCAGAAAGAAUUCUGGAGUUUACAGAAAUAUUCUCUCUGCUUAUGUAGAAUAUAAAGCCUCCAUACUUAGAGAUUGGUGAUCCACCAUGCAGCAUGGGAAGGACAGAGACUAAAAUAUGGCUAAUGCAACAAACAAGCUCAUCAAGAGAAAAAUAAAAGAUUUAGACUGGCAAAUCUCAGUCUCCGGGUUUAAAUCUAAUCGAGAAAUGCUUUUUACAUGAAGACAAAUUGAAGUGCAGACACGUCAAGAACAGGCAAAAACUAGUGGCUUCAGCAAAGCAUCUCAAGGUUUGGUGAGCUUAAUGGGUGAAUCUCCAUUCAAUUAAUAGGCCAAAGGGAUAUGCAAUGAAAUACUGUAUACUCUGAACUUUAAAGUCAACAUGCCCCAGAAUUGUGGUCACUUGAAAUCACUGGGUUGAAUAAAAAUAAUGGUUUUGUACUAUUAUGAUCAAUGGUAUACAUGAAAUUACCCCAAAAUAAAAUGUAUAUAAUGUACAAUAAUCUCAUGGUGUUAUUUGUCACUCUAAAUUGCUUAAAUUUAGAAUGAAAAAUAACAGUUUUCAUUCUUUUGGUGUGCACUGCACAAAUACUACUGAUAACAAUGGCAAUCUUCAUCGCCAUUGGCAGCUAUUAUACAGUACAUCAACUUUGUGGGCAUACAAAUAAUAAUAUUGACAAUUUUGUUUCAGAAAACAUAUAAGAGUAGUGCAUUUAGCUUGUCUGUCAAACCGUUGCAGUGGCUAAAGAAACCGGUGUUAUCUUUUAAAUUUUUAAUUUGGAAUGGCAACAUUAAGAAAAUUGACAAGCGCAAUAAACUCCUUCACUGAUUUUGUUUUAAAGAAAGCUCUACAGUGCCAUUUGCCUUUUUAUUUUUACUUGGUCAUUUACUGUGUACUGGUAGGUGACAGAUGAGGCACUGGUAAGGGUUUAUCGUGAACACAGCCCUGCUCAUGGGAAUCCUGCAGCUUGAUGUUAACUAGUUCAGCCAAAGUGAAAAGAUAAACUCAAGCGAACAGCAUUGAAACCACAACAGACUUCAAUAACACAGAAAGAGCAACAGUUUUCUAAAAACACGUUUGCACAAGUAUUCUGAAACUGUGCUGAAAGUAUUUUCAGACCGAAAUGUAUGAGAAGUGGUGAAGAAAGAGUGAAUCAAACUUGUACAACUUGUUAAUUGUGCCAAAUUAAUACUAAGGCUUUUUUUUCUAUCUUGCUACGCUCUGUAUAUUUCAAAAGAAACACUUAAUGUAUAAAAUUAAUAAAUGGUAAUGAAUAUCACAAAAGUA